AUGUCUACAAAUCCAAGUAAUACCAAUGGUUCUGGUACACCAAAUAGUUCGACAGGUGCAACACCUGCACCAUCACAACAACAACAAACACCUUCUCAAUUGACACCUCAACAGAAACAAGUAAUGGAAUUAAGUGCCAAAUUUAAAGCUUUAGUCAAUGAGGCCAAAUCUAUCGGUGAGAAUACUCAAAAAGGGAAAGAAUUAUUGAUGCAAGCUACUAAAAUUAAAGCUAUAUAUGAUAACUAUAUUAGACAGAGACAACAAGCAGCCCAGGCUUAUCAAGCUAGAAUGUCAGGUAACUCAGGGUCAAAUACGGCGGGAACCACGCCAUCUAGUGGUGGAAAUCCUCCAAAUAGUAGCAAUAAUAGUAAUAGUGCUAAGAGUACACCAAAUUUUUCUAGCACAAAUAGUAGUCAAGGGAGUCAAUUGGCAAAUGUGUUAAAACAAGUAUUAACGCCUGAACAAAGCCAACAAUAUGAUAAACUUAUGGCUAAUUAUAAGAUGAGAGCUAAUAAUAUUAAGGAUAAGAGACAAUUCUUGAAACAAAAUAUUGAUAGAUUAACCGCAGAAAUAAAUAAACAAACAGAUGUUAAUGCUAAGAAUCAAUUAGGGGAAAAACGUAACGAACUGAUAACGAAUUUGAAAACUUUAAGUGAAGAAUUAAACAAUCUAUAUCAACAAUUACAAAAUGGUAAAAGAACUUUUUACAUUGAGUGUGCUAGAGUUAAUCCAGAAUUACAACGGAUCCUUCAAAAGACAAGUCAGAGACUACAGCAACAGAAGCAAAGUAAAACGGGUACACCUGAUACAACAGCUCCUCCAUCUGGCAACUCUUCAACCGUCUCUGAUGCUAAUCCAAAUUCUACUGCACAACCUAGUACCAGUGCAAAUGUACCAACGCCGGUGCAACCACAACCGCAGUCUCAACAGCCGCAACAAACUGCACAACCACAACAAGCAACUAAUAAUUCACCUGCAAAUAAAAAUUCAACACAAUCAACGAAUAAUAAAUCGCAGGAAACACAGCCUGCCCAAACUCGUCCUCAAGACAGUCAGGCACAAGCUGUUGGGACAAAUGCAGCUGUGGCUACAAACCCCAGCUCUAAUAAAUCAACCAUAUUCAAACCUUCCGAUCCCUCUAUCCCAAUAUCAGAAAAUAUAUCAGUUGAUGCACCAGAUGCAGUUUCAAUCAGAUCCAAUAGACCAACAAUAACAGGUGGUUCUGGUAUGAAUGCUGCUGUCCUAAAUACUCCUGCAAUUGCUAAAUUGCCACCUUAUGAAAUUGACACUGAAAGGGUAAUGUCAAAACGUAAACUGAGGGAAUUAGUGAAGGUUGUUGGUAUUGACGAAGGUGAUGGUGAGACUGUUAUUGAUGGUGAUGUAGAAGAAUUACUAUUAGAUCUUGCUGAUGAUUUUAUCACUAAUGUGACAUCAUUUGCUUGUAGAUUAGCAAAGCAUAGAAAGUCAGAUAAUUUAGAGGCUAAGGAUAUACAAUUACAUUUGGAAAAAAAUUGGAAUAUUAGAAUACCUGGUUAUUCAGCAGAUAAAAUUAGAAGUACAAGAAAAUGGAAUCCAUCAGCAAGUUACAAUCAAAAAUUGCAGAGUAUCAAUGGUGAUAAAAACGGAACUACUAAACAAACUGGUGGUUCCAAUAAAAAAUGA